AUGUUGUCUUCCAUCCCCCUUCCACACCUCCUCUCUCCCAUCCUUCUCCUAACCACCUCCAUCUUCCUUGUAACCUCUGUCUUCUACCUGUUGUUCCGCUGCUUCUACAACCUCUUCCUGCACCCCCUCCGCUCCUAUCCCGGCCCGCUACUUUGGCGAAUCUCCGAUCUCCCCUUCUCCUACAGCGUCUUCCGCGGCACCGCAGCAAUCCGCGUCGCCGAACUGCACCGUCAAUAUGGUCCCGAACUCCGAACCUGCCCCAAUCGGCUCAGCUUCACCGACCCUCAGGCUAUCAAGGAUGUGCUCGCCCACGUGCCUGGCAAGCCGGAAUUCGCAAAGGAGACCAUGACCUUGCCGCCCAACGGUGUGGCAAGCAUUCUCGCCGCCCGCAAAGACAACCACGCGAGAUACCGCCGUUUACUCGCGCAUGCCUUCUCGGAAAAGGGGCUGCGUGAUCAGGAAUCCCACAUCCUGCCCCACGUGAAUCUUCUCAUUGAUCGACUCGGGGAAAAGGCCGGGGUCGGAGAGUCGACGGACAUGACCGCGUGGUACAACAUGGUCACGUUCGACGUGAUUGGCGAUCUGGGGUUCGGAGAGAGCUUCCACUCCUUGCAAAACAGGAGCCUGCACGAGUGGAUCCCCGCCAUCGCUGGCGCCGUCAAGUUUGUCCACAUGACCAGCGUUCUACGUCAGCAAGGGCUGGGCUUCCUGGAGCGCUUCUUCGUCCCCCAGGUGGUUCAUGACAUGCGAAGACGCAAUUACAGCUACGCAGGCGACAGACUCGAGCAGCGCAUGGAGCUCGGAGGCGCGCGAGGCGACUUUUGGGACCGCAUCAUAAUCAAGAGCGUCGACGACAACAAGGCCGGCGAAGGCAUGAGCAAGCCCGAAAUGCUCAGCAAUGCGGCCGUGCUGGUGCUCGGGGGAUCAGAGACGUCGUCUACUGCUCUGAGUGGGGCUACCUACUUCCUCCUCACCAAUCCCGCCGCAAAAGCCAAACUCACCACCGAGAUCCGCAGCACCUUCAAAUCCUCCGAAGACAUCACCCUCUUCUCCGUCAGCUCGCUGAAAUACCUCCUCGCCGUGCUGGAAGAAACCAUGCGUCUCUACCCGCCCGUCCCCACCCAAACGGCACGAAUAACCCCUCCAGGCGGCGGAAUUGUAGGCGGCAAAUACCUGCCCGAAGGCACAAUCAUCCACCCCAACCACGUCGCAGUGCAAACCUCCCCCCAAAACUUCCACGCCCCCCACACCUUCCUGCCAGAGCGCUGGCUCGACGCCGCCGCGGCGGAAAACGACAACAAAGCCGCCUUCGCGCCCUUCGGCCUCGGCACGCGCAACUGCAUCGGCCGCACGCUGGCGUACGCAGAGAUGCGCCUCAUCCUCGCCAAGGUGCUGUGGCAUUUCGAUCUCGAGAUGGAUGGCGGGAGGAUGGCGGGCACGGGGGAGUGGUUGGAGCAGUUGAGUUGGCCGAUUUGGGAGCGGAAGGCGGUGUGGGUGCGGUUGAGGGCGGUGGAGCGGUGA